GGGCGCACCGACACCCACCUACCUCGGCCCGGCUGGGACUGGCGGCGCCUCGCUGAAAAGCGCCCCCGCCCCGCGCGGGGCCUGGUCCGUCUGCGAAGCGGCCCCUUCCGCUGGGCCUGCACCGAGCGCGGGAAGCAGGAAACCAUUUGACUUGUCUGCAUUGGACUCCUAACAAAAAGACAUGGCUGUCACACUACACACUGAUGUGGGAGAUAUUAAAAUAGAGAUAUUCUGUGAGCGAACACCUAAGGCCUGUGAAAACUUCCUGGCUCUUUGUGCUAGUAACUACUACAAUGGGUGCAUAUUUCACCGGAAUAUCAAAGGAUUCAUGGUGCAGACAGGGGAUCCAACAGGCUCUGGGAAAGGAGGUAACAGCAUUUGGGGCAGGAAAUUUGAAGAUGAAUAUAGUGAACACCUAAAGCACAGUGUCCGCGGUGUCGUUUCCAUGGCAAACAAUGGCCCAAACACCAAUGGAUCUCAGUUCUUCAUUACAUACGGCAAACAGCCACACCUUGAUAUGAAGUAUACUGUCUUUGGGAAGGUAAUUGAUGGUCUGGAGACCCUAGAUGAGCUGGAGAAGCUCCCAGUGAAUGAGAAAACCUACCGACCUCUUAACGAUGUUCACAUUAAGGAUGUCACAAUUCAUGCCAACCCUUUGGCUUCAUAGACAUAAAGUGCCUCGACAGAUUCCUGAGAAGCUGGUCAGACUGACUUCUAAUCAUAGUGUUGAUGUGACACUAAAAAGGUGUUAGUUAAUUUGGAUCAGACCUUUACUGCUUGAAUGCAGGACUUUCAGGAGCUGACAGCAUCAGGCAGGGUCCAAAGGGGAGCCUCAAAUGGGGUUUUCUAGUUCCAGCUAUUCCAGACAGUCUGCCAAGGCUCUGAUUUAUGAACUUUUAGUACUGAACAUGACAGUACUGAACAUGACAGUGUAACAUUCUAGUGUGCAAUCCAGACUAAUGAGGCACUGUGUCACCCCUGCCCUCUAACCUAGGAUGCCCUUUCCAAUGCCUCGCUGCUGUAGGCUCCAGCCUGGACUGGUGACUAACAGCCUCCAGCAUGCAAGUCACUGCCAGCUAUGUCUGUGUGCGUGCUGCAGCCAGCCAGCCAUAACUUGGCUCUUACCAGCCUGGGCUAUACUGCAGCCGAACACACUCCAAGUCUUAGAUUCCACCCUCCCCACCCCCUCUCAGAAAUGUAUGUCCUAUAUUGCCCAGGCUUCUCCUGGACAAUACAAGUUUAUAAAAAGUCCAUUAUUUGCUUUUAAUAGAAAUAAUAUUCACAUAACUUGCCAUCCCAAAUGGAGUUUCCCAGACACUUCAGUUUACACACUGGAUUAAAUAAAACAAGUUUAUUAACUACACAGAGAGAUUUAAGUUAGUACAAGUAAUGAGGCAUAAAAAUCAGAAAUGGUUACAAGGAAAUAAAGUUAAAACGCUACUGGUGCCUAACUGAACACACUAUAUCUGAUUAAAGCAAAAUUUCUCGCCA